CUUAAAGUGUUGUUUUUUUUGGGGGAUUUGCAACGCAAAGGUUGUUUGUUGUUGCCCCAGGAAAUCAUAGAGAGCGAGGCAUAAACAUCAAUCUCUCUGUGAAAAAAAUGGGGACGACGAAGAACAACAACAACAACUUCAAUUCUACCUCAAAAUCUGAUAACAGUGCCAAUGACAACAAAAACAACACACGUGUGGUGUUGAAUGUCUACGACCUCACCCCUCUCAACAAUUACCUUUAUUGGUUUGGGUUUGGAAUCUUUCACUCCGGCAUUGAAGUGCACGGUAAGGAGUAUGGAUUUGGAGCCCAUGACUUCCCCGCCAGUGGAGUAUUUGAAGUGGAGCCAAGGAAGUGCCCUGGAUUUGUGUACAGAUGUUCUGUUACUUUAGGCCAAGUAAAUAUGCAUCCUUCUGAGUUUCGGACAUUUAUUGAGGGUAUAGCUAAUGAGUAUCAUGGGGAUACCUAUCACCUUAUUUCUAAGAACUGCAAUCAUUUUACGGAUGAUAUGUCUCAUAGAUUGAGUGGAAAACGGAUUCCAGGUUGGGUGAAUCGGCUUGCUAAACUAGGUUCACUUUGCAGUUGUCUACUUCCGGAAGUUGUUGAAGUAACUACCGUUAAACAGCUACCAGAAUAUCAUGAAUGUUCAGAAGAUGAAAUUACAGAAUGUCUUUCGACUGCCUCGCCGUGUGGAUCUCAAUCAACAUCGGGAUUGGAUGAUGAUCAAGAAAAGCGCCUUCUGUCACCUCUGGCUAGUAAAACAGAUAACGUUUCUUUUGUUAAAGAGGCUCCAUUAAAAUGAAUGUGGUGUGUUGGAGGUGGGAAAAACACUUGGAUAAUGCAGGUUGUCUUGGCUUGAGUAUUUAACCAUCUGAUUUGAAGGGAUGCCUCGUGCCCGAAAAUUUCUCAUUUUUCAAUGGCUUUCUGCAUUCCUUGGUUCCAUUGUCUUAAGGUUUAUGCUAGAAAUAGUGUUGCAUUGAUUUUCAUGAAUCAAUGAUUAAUGUGUAUGGGGCUUAGUUGUUCAUGUGGCAGGGUUUUUAUUUCUGGAGGGAUUGUUGGAGCUCUUAGCCAUGUAAAUUACAUUCACAUUUGGAAAUGAAUCAUGAAAGAUUCUUUACAUGUAUCAUUGUAUCAAUAUGAUUGUGUAUGGGGCCUAGUUGUUCAUGUGCCUGAU